UCUUCGUGAUGACGAAACUUGGUUUCAAGAAGUUUUAAGAAGAACCAAAGAAUUAUUAAAGUCCGCUUUAAACAUUACACCUGGACUUUUGUCAAUCUUAGCACCUGCGGUUAUCAUACCAUUUGAUAAUUGUGCAACGUUUGUUCAAUUGCGUCAAGGUUUAAGUUUCAAAUAUCCGAUAGCGCCUUAUUAUUUGGAUUGGAGAAUCAUGUCGAUUAUUCAAUAUAACCUUUUUAAUUGGUCAGAAAGUAAUGAAAAGAUUAUUAAUAAAAAAUUUGGAGAAAGGAUUUUAAUGGAAUAUCUUUGGAGUUUUUCGGAGAGGGAAUGGAAUGAUAAUGUUGAUAAAGCCAUGUUAAAUUCUCAAAAUAAAUUCGAUGAAAUAUUAAAUAAGCUUGCCAGGAGUUUAAAAAACACUGGAGGUUUUAUAAGUGACAUGGUCGGAAAUGAACCACUCGCAUUACCAGAUAUGUUAUGGUUUGGAAUGUUGGAUCUCGCACAAAAUCUCAUUCAAAAAUCUUCUCAACCGGUUAUACACGGUUUUUGUUAUUAUUUGGCAAUUGAAUCACUAAACAAAGCUCCAAGUAGUUUCAUUCAAUUUAAAGCAAUUGAGGUGUUGUUACACUUGCAAAAUAUUAAUGAAGAAUCUUUCUCAAUGAUGGAACUUGAUUUCAAUCAAUAUGCUCAAAACUUAUAUGAAAAUAAUUCUACAGAAUCUUCGGAAAAAUUUCAAUGUUUAUUAUCAUUCGUUAAAGAAAAAUGUCAUGAGGAUUUCAAGUUAUUGAAUGAUAAGAUUGGAAAGGGAAAGGGAAAAAAUUUAUAUCAAAACAUAAACUUUAAAAAAGAACAAACAUUAAAUUCCUGUAACAUUUUAGAUAUUAUCGCGGAUGAAAUGACUUGUCCUAUCAGUCAUGAACCAGAGGAUCAAUUAUGUAUUUUGAAAUGUCAACAUGUGAUUUCAUUAAAUAAUUUAAAAAGGCUGAAACAGAGAGAAUGUCCAAUAUGUAGAGAAAGUAUUGAUUAUUAUGAUGUGAGAUCUUUAUCACAAAGCACCAUUUUCAAAAACUUAUAUUCUUAUCUUUUUGAUGCUGGACGGAUUCUACACUCGUAUGAAGCAGAUGAUCCGGAUCAAAUAGAUCAGGCAGCGAAUGAUCAUUAUGAGAGUGAGUCCGAUGAUUCUGAAGCUGAUUAUAUGAUAAUUAAGAAAAAGUUUAUUAAAGAGUUCAAAAUGAGAACGAAUAGAUUCCAAUCAAUAUUUCAAAUUACCAAUUCAAAAAAACAAUAUCCAGAAUACAAGAACGUUAUAAAAGAAUUGGAUGACAAGAAUUAUGAGAGAGCUGUAGUAAAGUGUCGGGAUUAUUUAAAGGUUUUUCCUAAAAGUUAUACCAUGAGGUGUGUUAUUGCUUACGCGUAUAGGUGUCUUAAAAAAUACGAGCAAGCAAAUUCAUAUUUAGAUGAAGCCAUUGAGUUAAAGAAAAAAAGCCCAAUUGCUUAUUACAUUUGUGGAGAAAUUCUUUUCAGCCAAAGGGAAUAUAUCAAUGCAAUACUAAAAUUAAACAUUGCGAAAGAUUAUAAGAUUAAAACAAAUAAUCUGAAUAUAUUGCUUGGUACCAGUUAUUAUUUUGAAGCAGGAAGAUAUAAGAACCAUUACUAUUAUGAUGAAGCUUUAAAGAAUUAUAAGAUUGCAUUAAUGAAUGAACCAAAGCAUUAUUUAUGCUUGAAGUGUUGUGCAAAUAUUUAUAAAAUUCAAGAAAGGUAUUUAGAAGCAUUAGAGAUGUUGGACAAGAUACUGGAAAUUAAUCAGGAUGAUUCAUUAAUAUUAUGUUACUAUGGAGAAAUCCUUAAUUAUUUAGGAAGGUAUAAGGAUUCCAUAUACCAUUUCACUAGAGCGUAUAAUAUUGAUCCCGAGAACUCUCAUAUUUUGAUUAACAAAGCUAUCAUUCACUAUGAACUUCAAGAAUAUAAUAAGGCUUUAUUAGAUAUCAAUAAAUCCAUACAUUUAAUUUCUUCGAAUAGCUUUGCAUAUUUCUUUAAGGGAUUAAUAUACUAUGCAUUAGGAAACCAUUAUAGUGCAAGAAUUGAAGUUGAAAGAUGUAAAUCAUUUUUUGACGCCAAUGAUAAUUUGGCAAAAUUUUUGAUAGAUUAUUUAAAGCAUUUAUUAUCCAUCAAUGAAUCAUCAACGUUAAAUCAUCGAGACAUUUCACUUGUUUAUCUAGUACAAGAGUACUCAAAUUCGAAAUUGUGGACAUUUCUACUGAAAUAUUUUAAAGUAAAUGAUGAUUACUUCAGUGAAAUCGGGAUUAUUAACAAGUUUCAUAAACUCAUGUAUAAAG